CACCAUCUUUCUUUUUCUUCUGCUCUUCACACACAACCCUCAGAUCUUUCAGUUCAGCUUCGAGUUCCCAACUAGCUGCCAAUAUUUUUCCAUUUCUCAUUUGAUUUUGCUCAUUAAAAAGAAAAAGCAAAUUUUCAUUUUUGGGGUUUAAUGUUUUUACUUGAUCUGUUUGGAAGUUGGAACUAAGAAGUGGUGAUUUCGGGAAAAUGCUGAGUUUAUGAGGAGAAAUGGUUAUUGGGGUUUGUUUGGAUCCAGGAAAAGGCUUACACUUUUCAAUUUGCAAAACGAGGGUCCUUGUUUCCAAAAUGUGGAUCUUGUAAAAGCUGUUGACUUUGAUCAACAAAGAAAAAUAAGAGAAAGAGAAAAAAAGGAGCAACAUUUUCCUUUUUUCUUUCCAGCUCAAGGUGGUUCAACUUAGAAGAAGCUUAAAGGUUAAGUAGCUUUUUGAAGUAGGAUGAAAAAGUACUGUGUGUAUGUAUAUUUAUAUGUUGAAGACUUGACUUGAGUUGCAUUUCUGGGGUUGUUGAGUAACUGAGUUGACUCUGAAACCAGAUAAGAAGUGAUUUGCAGACAGUUCUAGCUCCAACAUCUUACUACAUGAGAUUAGGAAAAACAAGUUAAAGACCAUGAUUGAAGUAUCUCGAGGCAGCGAAUAAGGUUUUGUUAGACUUCUGGUGGAGUGAAGGGGACUUGCUAUUUUUAGACACAUUUGGAAAAGGCACAUUAUUGAAAGUGGAAGAAGCUUUUGUUAAUUCAAGGUUGACUUGUGCAUCUCAGAAUGGGGAUUCAGUGCUCCAGAUUCUUUCCAUGUUGUAUGAAUUCACAAGUUAAGGCAUCUGUUCCUGAAACUCCAGAUGCCGAAAAUGAGGACACAAGUGAGGUCAGUAACUGGCCUAUGUUCUGUGAAUUUUCUCUAGAGCAACUUAAGAAUGCUACCUCUGGUUUUGCUGUUGAGAAUAUUGUAUCCGAACAUGGAGAGAAGGCACCAAAUGUUGUUUAUAAAGGGAAGCUGGAGAAUCAAAUGAGGAUUGCCGUUAAACGAUUCAACAGAAAUGCUUGGCCUGAUUCUCGGCAGUUUUUGGAGGAAGCAAGAUCGGUUGGUCAGCUUCGGAACCAGAGACUAGCAAAUUUGCUUGGUUGUUGUUGUGAAGGAGAUGAAAGGUUGCUUGUGGCCGAAUAUAUGCCCAAUGAAACACUUGCAAAGCACCUUUUCCAUUGGGAAACACAACCCAUGAAAUGGGCAAUGCGGCUAAGAGUUGUUCUACAUCUUGCACAAGCUCUAGAGUACUGUACAAGUAAAGGGCGAGCACUCUAUCACGACCUUAAUGCAUAUCGGGUUCUAUUUGAUGAGGAUGGUAAUCCUAGGCUUUCGAGUUUCGGCCUCAUGAAAAAUAGUAGGGAUGGGAAAAGUUACAGCACAAAUUUGGCAUUUACCCCUCCGGAGUAUCUCAGAACUGGGAGAGUAACACCGGAAAGUGUGAUUUAUAGCUUUGGCACUCUUUUGCUGGACCUUCUUAGUGGGAAGCAUAUCCCCCCAAGUCAUGCCCUUGAUUUGAUUCGGGACAGAAAUCUUCAGAUGCUAACAGAUUCUUGUUUGGAAGGGCAAUUUUCUGAUGAUGAUGGGACUGAGUUGGUGCGGUUAGCAUCACGGUGUUUACAGUACGAACCUCGAGAACGGCCUAAUCCGAAAUCGUUAGUGGCUGCACUGGCUCCUCUUCAAAAGGAAACAGAGGUUCCUUCAGAUGUCUUGAUGGGAAUUCCACAUAGUGCUGCUACUUUUGCUUCAUUGUCUCCACUUGGUGAAGCAUGUGCAAGAAAGGACUUGACUGCCAUACAUGAAGUUCUGGAAAAACUUGGCUAUAAAGAUGAUGAAGGAGUGGCAAAUGAGUUAUCAUUCCAGAUGUGGACUGAUCAAAUGCAGGAGACAUUGAAUUGUAAGAAAAAGGGCGACGUUGCUUUCCGGCAGAAAGAUUUUAAACUAGCCAUUGAAUGCUACACGCAGUUCAUUGAUGCCGGAACGAUGGUUUCUCCUACAGUCUAUGCACGACGCAGUCUGUGUUAUCUUAUUAGCGACAUGUAUCAGGAAGCACUGAAUGAUGCAGUGCAAACAAGAGUGAUUUCUCCUGUAUGGCACAUUGCAUUUUAUCUUGAAUCUGUUGCACUUGGAGGACUUGGAAUGGAGAAUGAAGCACAAGUAGCAAUCAAAGAAGCUACAACACUUGAAGCUAAGAGGAGUUCAAAUGCUAAACAAAAGUGAAUAAGGCUUUGUACAGAGACAAACCUUUCUUGCUGAUUUAUGUUCUGCAUGAUGAUGAUGACAACCACCACCCCCACAAGAUUAAUUAUUCCAAAGAUUUCAUCUUUGAAUUACACCAUAGAUCCACAACAACAAAGUUGAAUGUGUUUUUUAAGACUACUACUUCAAGGAACAGUGAUUGGAUUGGAUGAGUGUUGGUUAUGACACACCCCUUCCCCCUUUUUUGUUGGGUUGGUUAGGAUGUUCAAUUUAGUUUAUGAUUUGAUUCAUUAAAGCAUGGCUCCUUACUUCUGGCAAAAUUUUUCAUUUUUUUUCAUUUUAUAAAAGGUUGAAAGUGUGAAAAGUGAAUAGCUUUGUUGAUCAUGGCCUUGUAUUUUCAUUAUUUUUUUGUUGGAAUGCCAAGAUAUUGUGUUCAUUUGUUGGUGCCUUGAAUCUUGUGACAUCAAU